GCAUCCGCUGCCCAGUUUUGACAUUUCGUCCUCGACACCGUCUCUCCUCUCCCUCUCCCUCUCCCUACGUCGAAUACCUCAACCCUUUCGACGACACCAAACACCACCGCCACCAUGCCGUCCGUCAAGAACCCCAACGGUCCCUCCAAGAACCGCCUGGCCAACAAGGCCCUCGGCGCCAAGAUUGCCCGCCGCAAGAAGUCCGAGGCGAACAAGCACAAGAUUGCGAGGACGGAUACCAUGCGCGGCGCGAGGCCCGGUCUGAUGGCCACCAGCGGUCCCAAUGCGCCCAUGAGCAAGAAGAAGGCCAAGAAGAUGGAGAAGAAGAUUGCCCAUGCGAUGAGGAGGAAGAUGGAGGCCGAGGGAGAGGUUGUCAUGCAGGAUGCUGAGGAGACUGCCGAGAAGCCCGAGGAGGGAGAUAUGGAGACGGAAACCAUUGCAUAGGCGUUGGGUGACGAUACGGGAGUAAGGUUGAGGGAUGUGAAAGCCCGGGAUGGCGUUGAGGGGCACUUCACGGGCAAAAGGAGAAAAGGUUCAGAAGGAGCAGUCAUGGCCAUGCUUCGUGAGUAAACCAGUCUACUGCAUUCCUGGAAAAUUCAUCCAACUAACAAUUUCACAAGUCUGGAAACCAAAGUACCACCCAACAACCUAGCCCAAAUACAUACGAAAUUUGAUACCCCCC